GUUUUUUUCCUUUUCACUCCAUUUUAUUGCAUUUUAACGUUGGGUUAUUUCAUAGCGUCUGGUUACGAUUAAAGAUUCUUACGUCUAAUUAAGCACUAGAACCACUGACACGUCCGCCUACAUUUAGUGUUGACGAUAUAAUUCCAUAGCCGGGUGGUGAAUUUCCACAGAUAAUCGGCAUUGAUGGUAAUGCAUGCGAGGAAACUUCAAAGGAUUAGUGAUGGGUAUUAUGACAAGAACCCGUCCCAUCAGUAUCAGAAUUCUAAAUAUUUAGUUUCAAAAAAUUCUAGCAGUGAUCAAAAGUAUGGCAGCGGUAGGGGAAAUGGUACCUCGUAUCCAAGUCCUAGCCGAGGAAGUCCAUCGCGAGAUCGAUCAUACUCUAGCAAAAGUUCAUAUCAUUCUCAAAAAAGUCACAGAGAUAAGGAGAGAGAUUCUCGAGACUAUAAAUCUAGGAAUAGUGAUAAAUAUUCUGAUUAUAGUAGGUCACCAAAAGAUAGACGAAGUAGAGAUGAAUAUAGAACAAACCACGAUCGGAUUAGUCCGGAAAAAAUGGUUGUUCAUUCUGUGAAGUGGUCAAGUUCUAGGGAUUCUAGAGAUUCAAGAGAAUCUGGUCAACGGAAAGUUGUUCAUAGCUCUUGUCAGAGUAGCAGCAGUAGUAGUAAUAACCGGGAAUCCAGGUCUGGCGGAAGUUCAACUGUCACUAAAGUKGGUGAUUGGUCUGAACAUACAAGUUCUUCAGGCAAAAAAUACUAUUAUAAUUGUAAAACCGAAGUAUCCCAAUGGGAUCAGCCACGAGAAUGGUUAGAAGCUUAUCCAGCAUCUCAACCUUCUCGAACACAAUACCACCAUGAAAAACAUUCCAAUAACUCAAUUAUGAGAUCAUCAUCAAUGAGCAAUCAUGUGAACAAAGUUUCACAACAGUCCUCUCAACAACAAGUUAAUUCUACAAGUAGACCAACUCAUCAUCAAAAAGAUCCUUAUUGGAAUCAAAUUCGAAGUAAUAAUCUUCCAAUAAAUGUCUCGCAAUCUCAUCAUGUCUCCGAGUGUAAUGUAGAUAGACUUGAACUAGAUGGACCUACGAUAAUCAAUUCCUGCGAUUCUUCUCAAACCCAAGAUAUGGAAUUAUGUAGUGGCGACAGCACUCCUACUUCAGAAAAAUCCAUUCAACUAUCAAAUGUACCUGCACAAAGGCACAGUUCUUCUACUCCUCAAUCACAAAUAAAGGGAACUGAAGUUAACAGUGAACUAUGUGAAAGAACAAAUGUUGAUGUUGGAUCAACAACACCACCAUUAUCAAAUGUAACUCAGAACUUAGUUGAUUCAUCGACAACCAAUAAUGUWACUGAGCGAAGUCCACCCACUCCAGCAAACACAGAAACUAAUAACACCCAAGAAGUUAAAGGAAGUCCUGUAACAAGCCAUGCGGAAACGGUUGUCCAAGUCAACAAUGUAAUGAGUUACAGACAACUUGGAACAACAACAUCUCCCGUCAUGUCUAAUUUUGUACGUGAUGAUUUAACAUCACACGUUAAAUCCUGGCCAGCUGAUAUUUUAGCAAAACAGGCACAAAAAUUGAAUGAAGAGGCCCAUAUAUUAGGAAGUGUACACUGUUCACGAGUAUCUGCAGAACUCAAAUAUGCAAGAUCUAUUGUCCGUUUGACUGAAGUGCAAGCAUCCUUAUUAGAACACAAGGUGUUAUUUUUACAGCAACAAAUUAAAACUUUAGAAAAAUUAAAAUCUGAAAAUUCGUUUAUGGGUGAAGGAGAUGAAGGAAGGACGACUUAAAUAUACUAUGAUUUUAGGACCCAACUACUAAUGCAGUUUUCUAUCAGAUCUCAGCGUUAUUAUUAUUAAUUCUACAUUAAAAUAAAAAUGAAGAUGAGCAAUUUUGUAAUAAUUAAUCUAGAACUUAAGACUGAUAGAUAUUGACAAUGAAAAUUAAAUUAAAUUUGUUGCCUUCAAUUCUUAACUAAAAACAAUUAGACAAAUAUUUAUUAUUAUAGAUCAAUUUUACCAAACUUUAAUUUUGGAAAUAAUUAAACAUUGUUCUCUGUAUCGAGUUAUAAUACAAUUAUUAUACUAAUGUUAUGUAAAACUACUAUUAAGACCCAGUAUAGAUUUAAAUUAUUUUUUAUUAAGUAUUGCAUUUUUAUUUUGACCUUUUGACGUUCAGAGUUAUUUGGAUAUUUUUACAAUGUAAGGGUGCAUCCUCUCUAUUCAUUCAAUAUCCUAAAUAUUAUGAUUAAUAUUUAAUAAUAAGUACAAUAAUAGACACCAAUUUAAACCAAAUAAAUAACAGGUAUUUUCUUAUUACAAUAAAGUCUGACUUAUUUAAUUGAAACAAGAUAGUAAAGGUAGUAUGCUAUCAUAACUUAUUAAAAUAAAGCAAUAGUAUUUAUUUCUGUUAUAUAAAAAUAUAUCUGUUAUUUAUUUUAAUUAUAGUUGUAUAACUAUCUCAASAAACGCAAGAUAUACUAAAAUACAUUAUUUGAGUAAUUAUCAUCCUAAUUGUUAAACUUGAAAGUUAAGUAGUCGUGUCAAUGUAGAAGGUACUAUAUUAUUCAAACAUUUAUCAACUUUAAAAUUAAAAUUUGCAGAUAUUACAUUAAGGAAUUUGUAUUUAACUUUGGCACUGCUGAAAUUAACUUUCAUUGAAAUAAUAUAAGAUAAAUAAUGAACGUCUGACAGGUCCAGUAUUUUGUCACAUUAUAUAUUUUAAUUAAAUAAGGAAAGUAAUUAUGUAGAAAAAAUAUGUGUAUAGAUAUUAACUACUUAUGGUUUUAGUUGAUUUAUAAUAAUUACUCACUUACAAUAUUGUUUUAAACUAACUAAUUUAUCAACAUUUACAGUUUUUAUUUAAAAACUUAAUUUGUGUUAAUCUAUCUAUACACUAUUUUUUUGAGCACAAGAUCUGCUUAUUUCUUACGUAAUUUGUGGACCAGAUUAAUCCAAAAAUUAUCUCUAUAAUGUUCAAAGUUCUGACUUAUAAAUCAUGUCCAGAAUGAUAAUAAUUAUGUAUACUUACCUAAAAUGUAUGUAUUAAAUGUAUUUUUCCUUUUGUACAUUUAAUUUCUCAAACUUUUCCUAUUGUACAUAUUUUUUUAAUAAUAUAAUAAUUUAGUUUGUUAUUUAUUUAACAAUAAUUUACAAUUGUUAUUAUUCAUAUUUUUCAAAUUUAAAACUGAGAGUGGGUAGUAGGGUUAACUUUGUGAUACCAAUAUACCAAUUCUAAAGUAAAAUGCUUAUAUAACAUUAAAAAUAAAAUAUCAUUCUUGUUUCAUAUUAAAAAAGAAAUUAUAUU